UUUAGUGACUUGGCAACGUUGGAUCAAGUGUGCUUCUCGUAACGUGGAUAAACGUCAUUUUUGUUAUGUUUUGUAUUUUUGAUAUUUUGAUUUGGAUUUGGCGGUAGUUAUGGUAGUUAUUGUUAUAAAUAAAUGGAAAUGGAAGUAAAACAAGAAAUUAGCGAGGACCCGUGUAAAAUAGAAAUAGAGAACAAUGAGUUGGGUGAUGCUCUUUUGGAUGGCUGUAAGUGUGAAAUUAAGCAGGAAUCCAAUAAGCAACUUUCACAUGACUCCUAUGAUUAUUUAGACAUAAAGGAUCAUUCAAUAAAGACUGAAAUAGAACAACAUGCAAGUAAACUUAACCCAUUUGAAGAAAACCAAAAUACUGAAAAAGGUUAUCUCCAAGACGAGCACGAAAUGGAAAUUACGGAGACACCAAUUGAAGAUUCAUCGUACGAAGGAAAUUAUAUGACUCAAAACGCUGAAAGGAAAAUAUUAAAUAAAAAUACGAAAGUUGCGACUGGACAAAGACCGUACAAGUGUGAAACUUGUUUAAAACGGUUUCCUACUGCAAGUCAUUUGAAAAUACAUAUGAGAGUACAUACUGGCGAAAAACCUUACAAGUGCGAAGUUUGUUUUAAGCAGUUUAGUAGAGCAGGUCAUUUGAAAACACAUUUGAGAAUCCAUACUGGAAAAAAUCCCUUCAAGUGUGAAAUUUGUUUUAAACAGUUUAGCCAAAAAAGUAAUUUUAAAAAACAUUUGAGAGUGCACACUGGGGAUAAACCUUACAAGUGUGAAAUUUGUUUUAAGUCAUUUGGUGAAGCAAGUUAUUUGAAAGUACAUUUGAGAGUGCACACUGGGGAACAACCUUACAAGUGUGAUAUUUGUUUUAAGCAGUUUUCUCAGGCAGGUUCUUUGACAAUACAUAUGAGAGUACAUACUAGGGAAAAACCUUACAAGUGCAAAAUUUGUUUAAAACAGUGUACUACAGCAGAUAAUUUAAAACUGCAUUCUGUAAUGCAUAGUAGAGAAAAACCUCACAAGUGUGAAAUUUGUUUUAAGAAGUUUUCUCGUGAAUAUUACUUGAAAAUGCAUUUUAGAGUACACAACGGGGAUAAACCUUACAAAUGUGAAACUUGUUUAAAACAGUGUACUAGUGCAAGUGAUUUUAAAACACAUUUGAGAGUGCACCAUGGGAUAGAACUUUACAAAUGUGAAACUUGUUUAAAACAGUGUACUAGUGCAAGUGAUUUGAAAACACAUUUGAGAGUGCACACUGGGGAAAAACCUUAUAAGUGCAAAAUUUGUUUAAAACAGUUUUCUCAGGCAGGUCAUUUGAAAACACAUUUGAUAGUGCACACUGGGGAAAAAUCUUACAAGUGUGAAAUAUGUUUUAAGCCGUUUAGUAGAGCAGGUGAUUUAAAAAAACAUUUGAGGGUACACACUGGGGAAAAACCUUACAAGUGUGAAAUUUGUUUUAAGCAGUUUUCUGAAAUAAGUGCUUGUAAAAAUCAUUUAAGGGUACACACUGGAGAAAAACCUUAUAAGUGUGAAAUUUGUUUUAAGCCAUUUAUUCAGCCAAAUCAUUUGAAAGAACAUUUGAACGUGCACUUUGGGGAAAAAUGCACCAAGUGUGCAAUUUGUUUUGAGCAGUUUAGUAGUGCAACUGAGUUGAAAACACAUUUGAUGGUACACAUUGAUAGUGCAAAUAAAAACGUUGUGUCAUAAAUAUUGUUUAAAAAACCGGUUUUUUAAAUCGAUGAAAAAAAAAACAGGAAAAAAACCCGUUUUUUUUAAAUGCGGUUUGUAUCGGAAAAAUUCAUGUUUGCUAUUUAUUUAAUGUAAUGUAGAUACCUAUAAUGUUAUCAUUAAGUACAAAAUAAUCAUCAAUUAUCUUAAAAAGAGAAAAAGUUUUUGCCGCAAAGACAUCCAGAAAGCUGCAUCUUUUGUGGAUUCCCGAUUUAGAGAAGGCCUUUUCGACGAGGAGAGUUUAAAUUGGAUGAAAGCUAUUCAUCAAAUUGCAAUUCAUCUCAAUCUACAGGCAAGUGUAAUUGUUAGAUACUAAUGCAGCAAUGUAUAAAUCGAAAACAGGAUUUUUCUCAAGAUCUCUUUUAUGGGAAGUUGCAGAAAUAGACUGCCAACCAUUAACCAUUAGUGUGGUGACAAGGUCUUUGCACUAAUCAGCCCUUGCAACCUGUUGCAGUACGAUUGCUUUAGUUGGUACCAACUUCCUCUGAAUGUCAAAGAAAUUGGUCAUCAUUUGAAAACUUAUUGCAGUUCGCAGUAACAUAUAUAUCUCGGAUCGAAACGGUGCAGGAAAAAAUAAAAAAAUGACACUAAAGAUUGCGAAUACUACAUAAAUAUAAAAGCCACAUCACUUGAAGUGAUCACCAAAAGUUUGAUGAAGGUGAAGACUUACUAUAUCUAUAUGCAAUUAAUGAUCAUGAAGAGAAUGAGACUUUUGACGAUGCGCGAUGGCAAUGAAGAAUCUGCAAGUACAAUUUCUGAUAUAGAGGAAAAUUCAGAUUAAAAAGUAUUGAUUUAGAAACAGUAUUUUAUUUUAUUUUUUAUUUAAUGCAAUUAUUGGUUUUAUUUUGUUUUAAUGACAAUAAUAUUUAUUUCGU